UGGGCGCUCUAGAAGGACGGCAAGUUGAAAUGACCCAUCUGUUCCGCUCCAGGACGGCAUCGCGACGCUUGGCCCAUCGCGGGCUCAGUGGUCGUGUCUGUUUUACAAACCAGCCCGCGGGACGAGCCUGCCCGAUAUGUUUUUGGUAUUCAUCUGCCGGUCGAUUGCUGGUUCGGCAACUAGGAAGAUGCAGAGCAGGUUAAUAAUGCAGGGAGAUAUACUGUACAGACCCUGUGAUGAGGUGUUACUGUGCAUUAAUUAAUUGGGUUCCUAAAGCUGGCUGGAUCCAUUGAUUGAGUUAGCCAAGAUAAGGCUAUUUGAUAAGGAUGUGCACAUCCUGUUUAUUACCUGUUGACAUUCCAUAUUGUUUUUCUUUUGGGGUCGGAUAUUAUUCCUUAUACAAUAGCUCCUUUCCUGUAUUUUGCCCCAGUAGAUUUUGCUCACAUCCCUAUCUCGUGUUCUCCCUCUCUCUCUCUCUCUCUCUGUGAACAGAACGUACAACGUCGGCCUCUGAAUCACACAUGAAGACCGUGUGAUUCAGAAGGACAAAAAGAUGUCAGGCCUGUCUCACUCGAUCGCUCUCUCUCUCUCUCUCUCUGGAUCUUGAGCUUCGAUAAAAGGCCGCCUCCAUCGCUGAUAUUCCCUCCUUCAGUAUUCUUCGGGCGAGCUGGUUGAACUCUGGUUCUAACAGAGCCAGUAGAUUUCAGAUUUACAUUCAUCGGUGCUAAGCUUUGACUCCGCAAGAUUCUUGAUUCAGAGGUUGUGAUUGAUGGAGGACAAGAAUGGUUACUAUUUCCAGGGCAGUGGUCUGUGGAGAUCCUUACGAGAUGGCGACUUUGAAGAAUCGGACAUGUGGGAUGUUCUUGACGACAAAAAAGAUCACGGCCCAAAAUCGCACUGCACCUCCGAACCCUCCGGGUCUUACUCAAGCCAAAACCCAAUACAUUCCGCGGCAAAAAUGAUCCCGAGAGCAAGCAGUGGCAGUGGCAGUAGCAGCGGCUCGACCCCUGAACCCAAAAUCAUUCAGCAAUCGGCACCCGUCAAUGUCCCAAACUGGUCACACAUUAAGAGGCGAAAUGCCAAAUCCAUGAAAGCUUCCUGGAGAGGAAAUGAUGGUAAUGGUGACGAUGAAGCUGGCGACGAGGAUGUGCACUAUGCAGGAGAGAGUGAUGGAGAUGAGGAUGAGAAUGAUUAUAAGAUGCCACCACAUGAAUUUAUAGCUUCCAGGCUUGCAAGGAGUCAUAUAUCGUCGUUCUCGGUUUGCGAAGGUGUUGGGAGGACUCUUAAGGGGAGGGAUCUCAGCAAAGUGAGGAAUGCUGUUCUGACCAAAACUGGGUUUCUCGAAUCACUUUGAUAAGACUAUGGAAAUUUUUAGUGAGUUGAAACGCCAUGUCAUUGAUUGUUCUUAAAGUCAUAUUCUCAGGGUUGUGGUAUAGCCUUCUGAGUUGAAGAUUGUGUAGUCAUUUUAGAGUGAACAUAUAAGAGCUUCAAUUUCCAUGUAAUAUAAUCUCCAUUUAUGUAGAGUUUGGACUAAUAAUCCUGUGAAGGGGUUGUGAACUUUACAUUUAUCUCCUACGCCACAUCUUCAUUUGGAGGAGAGGAAGCAACCCCAUCACAGGAAUCAAUUGCUGAAUUUCUGCAUAGUUCUAAUCA